GGACGUUUGUAAUUUUACAGUUACACUCGGACGCUUGCAAACGCAUUGCCAGUUUGGCAUGAGCACUCAAAAUGCUGGCGGAGCACAUCCCGAGCCUCUCCCUCCACCAAAGUCUGGAGCAAGGGCGGCUUUAGAGUACACUGGAAUACCUCCAUCAUGGCUAGACAAGCGGCCCAAACUUCCUUCUCGGAACUGGCUCAUAUUCCUCACAGUGACCACUUCUAUCGCGAGCUACUACCUUUAUGACAGGCGAGAAUGUAGAAGAAUACGAAAAGAUUAUGUCGAUCGUGUAAAGGGUCUUGCCGAAGAACCCUUGGGCAGCAUGGACUUACCUCGCAAGGUCACCGUCUACGGAUGCAAAUGGCCUGGAGAUGAGGAGUCCGACAGAAGUAUGAAAUACUUCCGAAAGUACGUCAAGCCCAUCCUAGUUGCCGCAGCUGUGGACUACGAAAUGAUCAAUGGCAAACGACACGGAGACUUGACCAACAAGAUCGCUGAGGAGAUUAAGUCCAGACGAAGGAUUGAAGUUGGCUUAGAUCAACCAGUUCAGAGCAUGAUGGCCCUUCCAAGUCUUGCCACGCCAGAAGUCCAGCGUCAACGUGAACUAGAUGGUGGUCUUAUCAUAGUAGGAAGACAUACCUAUAAAGAGUUCAUGGUAGGAUUAAAACGAGGCUGGACAGAGGGUCUGGAGAAAGUGGAUAAAGAGGAAUUCAUGGCUCAAGAACUUGCAUCUGAUGGACAAUUUGACGAACCUUUGGAUCCUGGAGCGAGCGUGCAAGAGCUGGAUGGGGAACCAAUACCAACACCUUCUCGUCUUCCACCUUCUCGAAGUGCGGGCCUGUAUUCUCCUAUUCAGCUGUCGUCUCCAGUAGCCAAACCAUCUGUUACUCAAGAUACCGCAAUCCCACUUUCCAAGAAUUCUCCACCUACAUUUAUCCCAGCACUUCCGCCUUUCCUCUUCGUCUCUUUCACCAAUUAUAUUGGGUUCAAACAGAUUCCCCUUAUGCUUUGGGGAUUGUUCAAUGAGCGUCAUAAGGUCCGUUCGGGCUCGGAAGCAGCUUUCCGACUCAUUAUGAAGGAAACCCGCCCUUUUGCCCCCCCUCAGCCUCUACCCGUGUCGGAUAUAGAGACGUUGGAAACUAUUAGUCAGUUCUCAUUAACAGGCGGUGACUUAGACUUCGAUUUAGAGGCCGAGACUUACUAUAAGAAGUCGCUAUCGUCAACUCCAGAAGAGAUUGAAAAGGCGAGGAAGGCAUACUACGAGUCUCUUCCUGCUAAAUUAGAGAUCACCCGCGCACUUGCAAGGGGGACCAGAGAGCCGACAAAGGACGAAAUCAAUCAUCCGCCGCCGACCGAAGUGGAAUUAAGAGCGGAGAGGUUAAAGAAAGAACUGAGGUGGCGGGGCGACCUCGAAGGCUGGGAGAUUGUCAAGGCUGAACAGCCUGUUGCUUGGGACGAAAGAUUCUGGAAUGCAUUACGAGUUUUUCGAGACCCACCUUCAGACACUAAUGAGGGAACAACCACAGAUAAAGACUUUUCGCAUAGCUAGGACUUAAUGUAAACCAACUUUACUAUUUUCAUCCUAUUUCCGGUAAUACAGGGUAGCAUCCGUACACGAUGGACAAUGCGAGGAAUCAGUUUUCAAUAAUAUCUACAGCUCCACUCAUU